AGUGCAUCAGCAACAUCCGUGUGAUCACACACAGGAGAACCACACGGAUUAUUAUUUUAAUAUCUUAUGAAUAGAAUAAAUAUAGACGCUCGUGCAAUAGUCUGCACACGGAUGACGUCACGGACGUGCAGUGUAACAGCUGGAAUGAGGAAGAGAGCUGAGGACAGAUUUCACAUUUUGAAGAAAGUCACCGCCGGAUAAACAGACUGGGUUCACUGACUUUCUCUUACAGGACUUUGUGAGCAGGUAUUUCACUCUUUCACACACUGACUGAAAUGCAAAUGCUUCUUGAUUAGAGCAUUCACUGGUCAGAAAGUGAACGUUUAUGAUCCAUAUGUCAGGCGUGGAAACCUGGCAGGUCAACAACUUGCCACUAUCAAAACACACUAAAAGACUAAUGAAUAUAUUUUUCAUAACUGGAAGAGAAAUUAAGGUCUUGGUCUAGUUGUGCAAAAUUGGGUAUUCAGAUGACAGAUUGUGGGAAGCAUCAUGUGUCUUUUUUGUGAAGUUUCUCCAACUUUGGCCAAGAUGAGGAAACGCCUUCAAUACGCUGUUGACUAUAGCCUGUGAGAGAGGGAGAGAGAGAGAGAGAGAGAGAGAAGGAGAGAGAGAGAGAGAGAGGAUCUCUAAUUUAAAUAUGUGAUUAUAGAUUUGAUUUGCCUCAGACUUCUGUUACUUCUGUUUGAACGGAUUUAACCUAAAUAUCUGGGUGGCUCUUGACAUGGAGCUGAAGAAACUUUGGUGCAAAAUGAAUUAAAAGUCUAAAUUAAAUUCAGUCUUAAGUAAAAUUUUCUCUUGGUCUAAGUCACUAAGUCACACACAUUUUUUAAACCUUCGGUAAAAAGGAGGACUGCUCCUUGAUGUUACUUGAUGCCAUGGACUUCUGAUUAUCUGCUGUCCAGCUUUCAACAUGGACCUGAUGGAACACCUACCCUUGCAAACUUACUUCUGGGGAAAAUAAAGUUCAGUAUUUAGAUUCAUUCUUUGAAAUUAUUUGGACCAUAGUAAAAAAAAAAAAAAUAAGGACAUUUCUAGACUACCUUUGCAAUCUAUGGUCAAAUAGAAAACUGUUACUUCUUGAUAGUUUGGACUUAUCUGGUGUACAGCUUUUGACAUGGAGUCGAAGUGAAAAUGUGUAAUUAGCCUAAUUUUUAAGUUUUUUUUUUUUUUUAACUUUUCAAUCUUCAUUAAAAAGGAAGACUGCUAUUUCUUGAUGACAUGGACAUGAUUAUCUUCUGUGUGACUCUUGUCAUGGAAAAGAGGAAGCUGUGAAAUGCUUUAUUUCUGGUGCACAAUGAAAUUAAGUGUCUAAAUUAAAUCUUCUGAUAUAUUUUUCUUUUGGACCAUGCUAAAUUUAAGUACAUUUUGAGGCUAACUUUUCUAUCUGCUGUCAAAUCGAGGACUGUUAUUUCUUGCAGUUAUGGACAUAGUUACUUACCUCCCACUCUAUGCAUGAAGCUGAAGAAGCAUCUUUAUGCUGAUAAUAAAUGUCGAAAUCUUCAAAAUAAAUCUUUUUCUUGCCCAGCCUGAAUUUGAAGACCUUCUAUAAUUUAUAUAUCUGCAUUCAAUGAGGAGCUAGUGUUGUGCAAUAUUGUUUGUUUAUCGUACCCAAAACAAUGAAUGUUGCAGAGCAGACAUCGCAGGAAGCUGCAAUGCAUAUUAUUGAGUCAUUCCAAAAGAUUGAAAAUCUCCGAUAGGGUUGAAAAUACCCCAGAAAAUACCCAAUACUAUUGAAAGCAGCAUAUGCUAUGUGUGAAGCUGAGUCAUGUGUGCACAGCAGCUGGUGCUAAGGCAGAGAACAGAACUGUUGGGGGCACUGUGCUGCGGUGGCACCGCUGAACCUUUGGAUUCUGUGCUUGACCUGUUGCUGUCCUGGGACGUCCUUGUUUGGGAAGACUACCACAAUGUCCAGGGUCUCUCUAAACCCCUCUGCUCCAAAACCAGAGACCUUCUGGACUUGGUGUACACCAAAGGAGAGGAGGCCUGCAGUCUGCUGCUGGCAGCUUUUGAUCAAGUCUUACCUGAGGCCCAGAAAGCAGGACUUUACUUUGGGAAAGGUAAUUCAAGGCGAAGAGACAUCAAGAAGACUCCCACAAGCACCAGUGAGGCUUUGUUGAUUGACAGGCCAGCACUGGUAAAGAAGGUUCGGGACCAUCUCGAUGGGGUGUUGGAUGCUCUGAUGGAAGCUGGUUGCUUUACUUCACAAGACUGUGAUGAAGUGUUGUUACCUGUGCACACACGUUCACAGAAGGCUAGGAAGCUGUUAGACCAAGUGAGGUUCAGAGGGGAAGGUGCUGCCAAUGCUUUACUGCAGUAUCUGCAGCAAAUAGACAGUAAGCCACAACGUGUGAAAGACGAAAAGCAACUCUCUGCUGAAUGCCACCUCUACCAGAAGAAGCUUUGCAGCUCUGUUGCCGCUCAGUCACACUUUCUCAGCACAUAUGGCGGAACAGGAAAGUUUUCCCUAGACGAUAUCUAUACUGAUGGCCUUCUAGAAGUGGUGCAAAGUGACAGAGCGGUUACAGCUCUGGGGCUGCAGGAUGUGGUGGGUCUGCUUGGGACUCUUAAUGAGGAAGCCGAUACAAUACUUAUUUCUGGUGAAGCAGGUACUGGUAAGAGUACCUUGCUGCAGAGGCUCCACCUGCUGUGGGCUCGAAGUACCUUGUUGACAGACGUUCUCAUGCUGUUCCCUUUCAGUUGCCGUAAACUGAAUGCUGAGCAGAGGAUACUCUCUUUAAAAGAGCUCCUGUUCCUGCAUUGCUGCUGGCCGGACCGGGGUCAAGAUGAAAUUUUCCAGUUCAUUCUUGACCACCCUCACCUAGUCCUUUUCACCUUUGAUGGGCUUGAUGAGUUUAGGCAGAGCUUCACCGAUGAAGGGCGCCAUUGCUGCCCCACACAGCAAGCACCCGUACACACUCUGCUUUUCAACCUACUUCAGGGUACCUUAAUGAAAGGGGUGAAGAAGGUGGUAACCAGCAGACCCCAAGCAGUGGGUCCAUCUCUGAAGCGGUAUCUCCGCAAGGAAGUCCUCGCCAAGGGUUUCUCUCCUGUGGGAAUUGACCACUUUGUAAGGAAACACCACAAUGACGCCACUGUAGCUACUCGGGUUGUAGAGUCCCUCAAGGCUAACACAGCCCUACUUGGGCUCUGCCAUAUUCCUGUGUUCUGCUGGAUUAUAUCAAAGUGCUACAAAGAGUUGCUUGGAUGUGGGGAAGGCAGCCCUCAGACAGUCACUGAUGUAUACUUCAUGGUUCUGAAGCAUUUCCUCCAGAAGCGGAUGCCUCAGAAGCACAGCACUUUGGGAAAAGGAUGGCUACAAGACCAUCUAGAGACAGUGAGAAGACUAGGACAGUUGGCACUGGAGGGCUUAGAGACAUCCUGUUACGUAUUCGCAGAGUCAGACUUGCUCAAAUGUGGCAUCACAGAGCAGGACAUUGGUCUGGGAUUCCUUAUACACUGUAAGGACCUCUCAGACUAUACUGACUGCAAACACUUUGAGUUUCUGCAUAUCACCAUGCAGUGCUUCUUCGCUGCUCUCUAUAUUGUUCUCAACAACAACGUCAACUGCUCUGUCAUCCUAAAUCUCUUUCAGUCUCAGUGCAAGCAGCCAACAGUUCUUAAUCACAACUGUCUUGUACAUUGCAUGAAGCCUGUAGUUGAUGACUGCAAUGUAGCAGAGAUCCCAAACCUGCAGAUCACCUCAGAGUUUGUUGCAGGACUUCUGUCCCAGCGCUAUCGCAGUCUCCUUGUACAGUCCUGUCCUGCUGGCUUGCUCGAGAAAAAAUCCAAGCAAGUCAUGAAGUGUUUGUCCAAGGGUAUACAGAGGCAUUUCAAAUCAAUCCCUCCACCAGUGAAGGGUGAAAAGAAGAGCAUGCAUGCCAUGCCGAGUUUUGUUUGGCUCAUUAAGUGCAUCUAUGAGAUGCAGGAGAGUGAGAUUGCUAAGGGUGCAGUGGCCAAACUAGAAGUAGAGCACCUGAAGUUAAUAUAUUGUAAUAUUGGUCCAGUGGAAUGCACUGCUCUGGCUUAUGUACUCAGGUACCUGCAAAAUCCUGUUGGAAUACAGCUGGACUUCAACUCGGUGGGGGAUGUGGGAUUGGAACAACUCCUGCCAUGUCUUCAUAUCUGUCACUCCCUCUACUUGAGGAACAAUAACAUAUCAGAUGAAGGAAUCCGCAAACUUGUUGAGAAGGGAGUACACUGCGAAUGCUUCGAGAAAGUAGCGCUGUUCAACAACAGACUAACAGAUGAGUGCACAAAGCAUUUUGCCUUGCUGCUUAAGACAAAGAAGAACUUCCUUGCAUUAAGACUUGGAAACAAUAACAUCACAUCACAGGGAGCCGAGCAGCUGGCAGAAGGGCUGAGGCACAACACAUCACUGAUGUAUCUUGGACUGUGGGGAAAUAAGAUUGGAGACAAAGGCGCUGAGGCUUUAGCUGAUGCACUGAAGGACAGCACCACGUUAAUAUGGUUAAGCCUGGCGGAUAACAGUGUAGGCAGCGCAGGGGCAUGUGCCUUAGCGGAGCUUGUUAAGAGAAGCACAACACUUAAGGAGCUCUGGCUGAACCAAAACUGCAUUAGCAGGGAUGGCGUGGAGUGUCUGAUUGAGGCUUUGAAAGUGAGCUCUACUGUUAAGGAAGUGUGGUUGAGAGGAAACAAUCUGAGCGCAGAGGAGGUGAAGGAACUUAGUGAGCAAGAAAGCAGACUCAUCUUCUAAGGGUGAAAGAAUGAUGUCAGUUCUUGGACAGAUUCUUCAGAUUCUAUGAUUGGUGUGGUGUUUAGCCAUUUUCUUAAAAAUGAAACUUCAUUUUUUAACAUUGAAUGUAAAAAAAACAUGUAUUUAACAAUUUUAAAAAAAAUGCAUUAAUUCAUCUUGGGGAGGAAUAUCUUUUUUUUUUUUUUUUUUUUAAAUACAAUGUUUCUUUGGCUGCAUUUAGCUCUUACAUGAUUUUUUUUCUUUCUUUUUUUUUCUUUUUUUUAAGUACAGUACUAGCAAACAUACCUAGCGUGGUUAACUAGAAAAUAUGCUUAUGGCAUGAGGUCAUUCUAGUAAUUUAUAUCGUUUUAAUUUUUAAAAUGAAUAAGUUACUUUGACUUUCAUCAGCCAAUGUCACAAUAUCACUGAAAAUAAAGAAAGAAGAUAAAAUACGCUAAACUAAUCUUCCUCUUCCCAUGACCUUCAGGAAAUUCAGAUGAUUCAACUUCCUGUUGAACAGGUAACUUAUGGAAUAUACCAGAUUUUCCUAGGGGUGAAUGUGUUCAGGUAACAGGGUUAUGUAAAUGUUGUGGUACACUAAAACGUACAUAACCUACACUGGCUGAGUCAUGGAAGAUGACGUUUCCUAGCAUGACAUGUAACGUGGAUUCCCAGAUUAAUGCAGAAAUAAUAAGAUUUUUUGCAGUAUAAAUGUUAGUUCAGUUAUAAUGAGCUGGAACAGGCAGAAAUAGUGAUUUCUAAGUGCACUAGAAUUGGUACAUUUUAUUUAUGAAACUAUUUAUCUGAAACACGUACAGAGAUGGUUGUGAAGAAGCCGUGAUCUGUAUUUAAAAUGUUGUUUACAUAUAUUUUACAUACAUAUUUGUCAAUCAUUGAAUCACCCUUACAAUAUCAACUACCACCCGGUUAUUUUCUAAAACAUGGUCCCCUGUAGUCUACAGUUUACACCAGUGUUUAGCCUGGAGAGUGUUAUCAGUAUACUGUAUGUACAUUACAGUAACUAAAGACAGAAGAAUGAAAUAUUAUUAACUUCACGUACUGCAUUGAUUGUAUUUUUUUGUUACCAUGUUACUUUAUGUGGAUUUAUAUUUAAGUAAUUUCUAUGUUAUUUUUCUAUAUUAUUUUGCUUUCUGUUCUUUUUUUUCUAUGUAUUUUCUCCCUCUAAGCUGGCUUAAACUGGAGGAAUAAGUAUUGUGUGAUCUUUUUUGUAUAAUAAAUAUAAUUCAGAUGGCAGCAACAGCAUGGGAAUGCUGAGUACAGAAGUUUACAUACAUUGAAAUUCUGAAACCAACAAGACAAGUUGUUGGGUAAAGUGAGUUAGGUUGUCACAAGUAACCAAAAAUGGUCAAAAACUAUGUGCUGAUAUUAAUAAUAAAAGAAUUAACAUUA